AUGUCCAACAUUAGCGAAGAUAACAUUAUCAUAAGGCUUGUAACCGAAAACGAUAAGGAGGGUUGGCAGCGGCUCUGGAAAUCCUAUCAAAAAUUUUAUGAAGUUUCGUUUCCCAAUGACUUAGACGAUUUCAAUUUCAGCAGGUUCCUAGAUCCUAACAUUAAAAUGUGGGCAGCUGUGGCUGUCGAGAGUUCGAGUGGAAAAAUUAUCGGCAUGAUAAACUUUUUCUGCCAUAUGACUACCUGGGAUUUCAAGGACAAGGUAUACAUCAACGACCUCUAUGUUGAUGAGGGUUCUAGAGUCAAAGGCACGGGAGGCAGACUAAUUGAGUUUGUCUACGAUGAAGCUGAUAAACUGGGCACGCCAAGUGUGUAUUGGUGUACGGAUGAAUCAAACCAUAGAGCACAGUUGCUAUACACCAAGAUCGGCUAUAAAGCUCCAAAAAUUAUGUACAAGAGGAAGGGAUAUUGA